AUGGCUACUAAGGAAAUGGAAUCGUAAGUACAACAGUUUUUUUCCUUUUUAAAUAUGAUUGUCGUUCCUGAAGUCCUGUUUUCUUUUCUUUUAGCACCGUCCAGAUGAGGCUCUACACGCUCACAAAAAGGCAGUUUGUUUUGGUUUUCGUAGCGUUUUUCGUGGCUUUCUUUCUCACGGUUAUUAUCGGAAUUGCAGGUUUGUCUCCAUACGUAACGUUAGUUCUUGCCUCGUGAAAAGUAGCAAUGUAUUCUCUAGAUGUAAGCCCUUUUCUAUGCAUUUCAAUACUCUUAGUUUUACAAUCAACAUUAUUACUUGGGAAACUUGAAACGAGCUAAAUCGUGCAAUAACUGCCAGUCACUCCCGCCUUCAAUUUUAGGUAUUAGUGAAGUCUCGCGUUAACUACAGGGGUGAAAUUCCAUUGUAAAACAUGGUUGUCAUCUUACGUAUACGGAACGAGAUAUCCCGGUAAAAAUUGGACCAGCUGCAAAAAAUCGAAUAUUUCCAAUGUUAAAGAAAAUGCCGUGCAACGACGAGAUUAUGCCUUAAAUAGGGCAGUGUAAAUUUCUUAAUUUACAUUUCGAACUUUGGCUGAUCGACGAACUUGCCUCGCAGUGUUCUUGUUCACUUAAAAAACAGCUGAAUAUUGUGUAAAUAUUUUCAGGUGAAUUGUCUUGAAAGGUCGACCACUGAAAUGUGCGACUUAACAAUGAUAAUUACGAUAAAGGUCCGAGAAAUUCUUACUAGUCAGCUGCCCAGUAUCCAUGUUUUUAAUGCACACAUUUACUAUAUGUAUUUUAAAUUAGUUUGUUCUUCCUGGUUUGUUCUCCACUUUCACUUAUUACAAUUAUUAGGAAAAUAAACUAUUUCCUGUUAUUCGAUCGUGAUGUUUAGUAGUAAAAAAUAUUCUGUUAUUCAAUCUUACAAGUUAUUCACUCCUAUUUCAAUGCAAUUUAAUAGUAAUUAGUUUUAGUAAUUCUUACAAGUUGUGAAAGGCAAGUUGCCUUGAACGUGUGUUAUUGCAAAAUCAGAGUUCAACUGUUGUGUCCAAAUUUGGGUUUUCAUAACAUAGAUCAUCUUAUUAUCAGGGAUCUAUAUUCAUUUUUUCCCAGAGUCGUCAGCCAGGCAAGUAAGCCUGAUGGCAUACUUGCCCGGUUGCAAUUUUCGUUGCCUGGGCAAAAGUGCAGAAUUAUGUAAAAGAAUGGUGGAAAUUGAACAUUUCUGAUCAGCGUCACUGUUGACUACAACAUGCUACAGGACUAGGCUAAACACAGUUUAUUUACGUUUUACAAGUAGCCAUGGUUGGUCACUUUGCCAUGAGGGCAAGACGGUGAACUUGUGUUUUUCCUUGUGCAAGGUAGUGGCUCCUGGAUCACCUUUUGCUUCUGUAGAAGGCAGCGAAGUGUCUUUUUAAAAUGUCACAUCUUGAUGGGUUCACUGAAGGUGACAAAACACCUUCUAAAAAAUGCCACAUCUUGAUGAGUGCUAUGGCAUUUUCUAUGAAUGACCUCUGAAUGCAGUACUUCACAAAAAACUGAGCCUGAGAUCUUUUUUGUAGAAAUUACUGCACCAUCAAACAGGGGCGUACAUGCCUUUAAGCAAAUAAGCACGGCUUACAAGUGAUUCGCACGGUAUGAAAUGUACUGGCAAAGAGCCGUGUAUUUUCCUUUGUUUGAUCAUCUCCUACAAGAACGAAAUGACAGGCUACGGUCACAAGAGAAUUGUUUCAUAGGACAAUAUCUUGUUCCAGCAAAGCUGAAUGCUUUGAACAGUGGAGUACAAGAUAAGCUUUAUGGAACCCACAAAACCGAUCUUUCAGAGAAGAGAGACUUUGACAAUGAAAUUUUAAGGUGGCAAACAAAGUGGUCUCAUUCAACUGAUGAAAAACGAGUGACACAUCUCACAGAGACAGUCUCCAGCAUGCUAAUCCAGACCUUUAUCCCAAGGCGGUCACAGUUAUUAACAUCCUCCUGACAAUGCCAUUGUCAACUGCCACCCCUGAACGAUCUUUUAGCACGAUGUGCAGAGUGAAGACGUACUUACGUUCCACGAUGAAAACAGAGCCACUUGCCCUGAUGCAUGCUUACGGGGACAUAUCCAUUGAUAUGUAGAAGCCGUGAUUCGCGAAUUUUGUGCCCAAUUUCUUUGAGUUCCAUCAAGAUUUCAGAUAUGUGUGCAACUAAUGUGUCGCUAGUCAGGUCAUUACGUUGUUGGUGUUGUUCACCACAACCACAAUUGGCUGUUCUUGUUCAAUAUGGAAUCCUGGCAUUUGCCAAUUAAUUUAAGCGCCCAGAUUGCACCACAUUACAUCUCAGAGUACUUAAAUUUUCAGAAUUUUUCAGGAAGGCAGGUCCCCAGACCCCCCUAGCAUGUCGCGUCUUAGGCUGUCACCACACAUGCAACAUGCAUGGAUCGCAAAGCAAGGCAGAAACACCAUUUGGCUAUAUAUAUAAUUUAGGGUUUUUGGGUUGGUAGUUGCAGUGACAUCAUCGAUUUGUGAUGUUGAGGUGCCUCGGUUCUGUUUUUCGUCUGUUUUGGCAAUCCAGAGAUGAUUCUCGCAAGAAAUUUUGAUUAGGAAGUAUUUUACAGAAAAUAUUGCAUCAACUUGGCCAACAGAUAAUUAUCAAAAUACAAGCGAAAAUCGAGUUAAAAGAACAAUUGUCAGUGCGUCUCACUUCACAGAUGAGUUUGGUUAGGUCGCGCAAUAUGUUUCUCUAAAGUGCAUUUCAGUUGGGCUUUUUUACUGUCGAAAUUCUUGUCUUUUUGUCCUGGAAUCUAAUUUACAAUUCAUUCUACACCAUGGGAAACCUAAAUUUAAUUUGGCGUUUUCUCUGUUGAUGGAUCAAAGUUUCAACUGCCGUGUUUGUAUUUCUUUCUAAAUCUGGCAGCUGGAAUACUACUAAAUAUGCUUUUCAAAUAAAACCAGACAAUACAAAAAGAAGAAGAAGAAAAGAAAGAAUAAAGUGUACACGUAGGGAUCCUCUCACAACAAUAUUUGUGGUGGGUCACCUAUCCAGUUCUUUACCUCGCCCAACAGGGCUUAACUUGAGUGGCGCUAAAAACUCGAGUUUCACCAGGGUUAUUGUGAUAUACGUAUUUCUAGUAAUAUUUGUAAACUGGGCUAAAUUUUGUUUGCAAAGUUCUGGGUUGCCCAUUGAAGGUUGUCAUAAAAUUAUAAUUCUUAUUGUUUGGCUCUCUCAAACAAAAUGUACAUGUACACGUGUGUUUAGUUUAGGGUUACUUAUGGCCCAUUCAAUUCCAAGUUUCUCCUUUCCCCGGCCCGCUUCCCAUGGAUUCAAACCUUAAAGUUAUAGAGUAAGUUCUGUGCCAUCUAGUGUGUUGUUGUUGGCUAAAAAUAUUGUCAGAGGGCAGGGGAUGUACGUGCUGGCCCUGGAGAGGGUACUCCCUUAUAUAAGCCAUAGACGUGUGUGCCACCCCCAAGGGUAUGGCUUUUGUGCCAUUUCAGUCUAAAAAGGGAUAUAGACUUUGCCCUUUUUGGCCUGGAAUCAAGUUUAGUUUUCAGGGGAACUAAAGGAGUUGAUGAAUGUAUUUGUCGUUUCAAUAGGGACCUUAAGCAUCGACAACGAAACGGACAGCGAUGAUCGCAACCAAGGCAGACUGCGCCAAGGGUUUCACUUUAGGUGGGAAAAACGAAGUUUAAGCAGUGCAGCUUCCCAGACAGACAAUGACUUUUUCUUUGCUAAGAACUUUGUCGUGUUACAGUCUUGUUAUGGCAUUCCAAGACCUCCGUAAUUUGCAUCUUAUAACCUAUGACGAUUGUUUAAUUGACCAUUGUGAAUUUAUUGUUCUUUAUGACCACUAUUAUUUGAUUCUUGAGGCUUUCUCUUCAUCGCGCAGCUUUUGUUUUUGUUUUUGUUUUGAAGUUAAAAGUAAAUACCGAUCUCGAACAGCUCUUGGCUUGCAGUUACUCUAUUCAGCUGCUGAAGAGAAUUCAGUGCUGCUACAAUGUUCUCCCAUAUUUGUCCUCUCACAGAGCUCCUCAUAACCACAUCAUGUUCCAGCUGAGUCCACUGGAAAAAAGUUGCCUUUAAUAGCGGCUAAAAACAACAUGAAAAAUUAAUUUUAGUACGAAAAAGUGAGCAUUUAUAAUAUUAUAUUAUAAAUGCUCACUAGUCUUUUCGACUGGUUGUUCCGUCGUCACUCAGGUUCUAAGACAAACCAAACCUGAAAAAAAAAAUUCAAGUUAGCAGGUGAAGAAAUCGACAAAGUGCUUAACAUUUGGAUUCUGCUAAUCCACAAAGAAUAUAUUUCUCCUUGUACUGAAUGACAAGGGGGAAAAGAGGGAUUUACAUGCAAAAAGUGUAGUUUUAUACUUAUGUUUUCGCGAUAACGACAAACCUCCCUGAAUUUCAUCAUCGACGAAGGCUGGACGAUGUUUUGAUAAUCUUACGCAUGCUCAGAAGGUUCACGCGGCAAAAUCUCACUUCCGGUCGGCGUCGUCAUCCCAUUUUGUCGUCGAUGCUUAAGGUUGCUAUAAUUCCAAAUGGAUAAGAAAGAACGAGUAAUAUGUGACUUUGAUCAAGAAUUCUUUUUGUUGCCAUUGUAAUCUUAUGACAGUCAUCAUUCCUGCCAGGCCAGGUCUGAAAACAGAAAUUGAUAUUAAAGGCCAGGUCUGAAAAAGGGUGUGAUAAAGGGUCAGGAUUCUGAGAACUGGAUGGCACACCCCCACCAAGAAUUUCCAGGAGUACUCCACGUGGGAUGCUGGCUCCUACCCAAGAUGUUCCAAUGGAUCAAUUGGGGUUCCACUGUAAAGAGAAUUAUUUAUUUUAAGUGGGACUUUCAAUUUAAGAAUUUUGAAUCAUUUUUCAACAGGACCACCUAUUAUUACAGAACACACCCUACAAGCUUCAGAAAUUAGUGAAUCAAAUGCAAAGUUGACGGUUUGUACUACUUUUAGUGUGUAUUGUAUUGCACAUACUGGUAGAAUUAUUAUAUCGACGUCACUUGCUGAUAAGACUGAUAAAGAUUAGUAGCUGGUCUUUCAACUUGUCGUACGUACUUGUUUAGAGAAAUCAGUGACAUUCAACAUGCUUUGCAUUCUCUUAACCAAUCAAAGCAUUGUGCUUAGUUCUUUACUAAUCUUUACUUAUGUUUUUGAAACCUCCUCACUUUAAAUCAUGUUAGAUAAAAGUUAUUGCUGUAAGUACAUGUAGUCUCUGUCUUGAUGUUUUAGACUGGUCCCUUUAGGAUUGACACUGGAAUCUUGUCAACGUUUAACCAACAACUCUGGAUUCUAUGCCAAAUUAAGCUGAAUGGAACCAAGCCAGGUAAAUAUGUUAUAGUAAUAAAAGUUCUAUAGUCGUACAAAUGAUUAAUUUAUUGAUAAACCGAAGCCAGUGCAGUCCCAGGAUAAAUACUGACCAAUUUCCUAAAUGAGCACCAAAGUUGAAGCUUCUAUAGGUGGUUCCAGGGACAUUGGACAACCUGGAAAUUCUUUGGAUUUUUACUCCCUGGGUUUCUGAGUGAUUCAGACAGGAUAUUGGCUAGAUUUUAACUUGGAAAGGUUUUUUCAUUAAAAAUAUAUUUAUUUAUGAAAAAUUUGACCGACUUUUGUAAAACGGUGGGAACUGGUGUGAAUCCAUGCCUGCAAGUGAAACUGACAUGGACAGAAUGACUGGACAACCAAUUACAAUUUGACAAACAAUAAAAGACUGUUAAACUGUGAUAAAAGAUGGAUCGAAACACACCUGUAACAUUUGGAGUCUUCAUAGCCGAUAACAUUGCGGCUUAAAAACCAUGCAGGACUAUGCUUACCGGGAUGAUCAUAUUCCACCUACUUAUCUAAUAAAAAAGCUACUUUAAUAUUAUUACCAGAACUGGUCAUAAAAAUAUCAUGCAGAAAUCACUUGAAAUAUUUAGAACUACAUUGUUUAAGUACAAUUGAACACCACUGAAGAAACCACCCAAGAGCCAGGGGGGGACUCCCAUAUGAAAGGGGCAGAGAUGCUCAUCGGAAAUUUUGAGUUAGACCCCUAAAGGAGACCAAUCUGGGCGUGGCCCAACCAUUUUUUGACCCCUAAAAGAGACCAUUUUAAAUUUUGAUCACAUGAAUCGAGUAAAUAAAAUGAACUGAAAAUAUAUAAUUUUUUUAUAUUUCUUCAUGUGCAACUCUAAAAGAGACCUUUAAUACUAAAUAUAAAAGGCGUUUUGCCCAGAACACCCUAAGUGAGACCAAAAUUUGAAAUUUACACCGCCAAGUGAGACAACAAGCAUCCCCACCCCUUUCAUAUGGGAGUCCCACCCAGGGCAUUGUAUUGCUUUUUUUUAAAGUAAUAUAUGAAAUUUUUGUCUUUACAGGGACUGCAUUAAUUCAAAGGUUUCAUCUCAGUGUUAAACUGCUUGGAAGAGCCAAGGACAGCAGCUACCAUCUUAUAGGAACAACUGCUUACAACAGAACACGUGAACUUAACUGCAAUAAGGUGUUUCUAAAUUCACUGUAUAUUCGAUUCUCUCUCUUCAACAAGAUUUACCACCUUAGUCAUUCAAGACUUGGUCCCAUCUGGCAUAAGUGCUCAGUCCCUAGAGUGGGGUAGCAGAUGCCUGCAUGGUUAAAGUAAUAGGUAUCUAUGGGUCUUUCCAAAAGCCAGAAUUUGCAGGCCAGACCUUAAAAAUCAUUUGAAAAAUGAAAUAUUAGUCUUUUCAGAAAGUUUUUACUAAAACCUAUAUUUGCCGUGCAUACCAAUCAGGAAUAAACUGAUAUGACUGGAUAGUUCUGAUUAAUAGCUGAAUUCUCCUUAGGACUGGAUUGGUCUGGCCAACCUGUUCUGACAAAUGGUAAGGCGUCUUGAUUGAGAGUUUUGAACUGGUCGUGAAUUCUUGGAAGCAUUUAUGACGAGUCGCAAAGUCUCAUUUUUGCAUUUCUUCAUGCCUUCAGGGCUGUCAUUAAAAUUUCAGGUUGCUGGGGUAAUGAUACAAGUAUAUGGGAAGUCCAACAGCUAGGGAUUUUGUUCGGUUCUAUUUUUCCUACAAAAGUAGGCAGGGAUCACUUUCAUAAUAGCCGGGGCCCCGGCUCCUAAUGACAGCCCUGUGUCUUGGAGCCAGUUGACUUUGAUUUUCUCGCAAUAAGACUAAUUAUUAGUCUUGGAUUUUGAAGGCCUUGGUGAUUAGUCAUAGGUUUACCAUACAGGUUCUUUCACUAACCAGGGUCAUUCCACUUAAUAUACACCUACUUUUUAUAGGUUUAUCUUGCUUCUGACUGCAUUUACAGGUAGUUCACAUUUACUUGGUUGAUGAAUUUUACAAUAUUAUAUGUUCUUAUGAACUUUUCACCUCAGGAAUGCAAGCCAUUGGUGAUUCUACAUCUUGGAUACAUCGAUUUUCCAUCUUAUGUUGCUGUUGUUAGUUUUCACAACCUCAACUUACCGAAAGGAAUCCAAAUCAGUGAUAUUGACUUUCAGGUAAGAUUAUAUGGAAAGUUAUCUCUUUCUGUGCUACAAAUUUGUAUACAUCAGUCACAUAAUGGUAUAAUGUUCAUAAUUUUUGUUAUUAAUAUUGAUUUUUGAUGUUGUGUUUGUAGUUGAAAUACUACAAUGCAGACUUCACGCAGGUGGAAAUAUGGUUUAGAUUUGUUUUUCUGGUUCUCACAUUCAUGGUCACAGUAAGCUCCUUUUCUCUUUCUUUCUAAUUCAAAAUGGACUGAAUUAAGUUUCUUUUGUUUUUGUGCUGUGAUAAAUCUAGGUGGCUUGAUCUGUUAUUAAAUGAAAGUUUUGUUGUUUCUAGUGCAUGUUUGCCCAUUCUCUGAGAAGGUUUCCACUACAUGAGUGGUCAAUUGAACAAAAGUAUGUAACAUUUACUAUUUUUACCAUAAAUUCUUGUAUUUUUAUUUCCUUUAUGGCAUAAUGUCUUCUGCGUACAGAGAAUUGUAUCAGUCAAAACAAGCAUGUUGGUUUAUUUUUUCUUUGCAAAGGUGGAUGUCACUUCUCCUUCCAUUGUUAUUGUUGUACAACGGUAAGAUUUUAGUACUGGCAGUGUAAUUUUCAAUGCAAGACAAGUACUUUUUCUUUUCUUUACAAGCAAGGAUCAUUACCUGUCCCUGUUUGGUUAGCCCUAGCCUUUACAGAAGGGGUGGUGAAUGGUACCUCGAAAAAUGAGGGUCUCGGAAAAAUUUUGGCAGGAUCGCGAAAUCUCGGAAGCGUUUUUGAUAAGUCUCGAAGUCUCGUUUUUUCAUGGUUUGCUUUUACUUUUUUUGAGUCUCGAAACUUUUCACCAAAGAGUCUCGGGCUCGGAUUUCUAACUAGGAUCUCGGCGUCUCGGCGAGUCUCGGAUUUUACCAUUCGCCACCCCUUACAGAGCUGUACACAGUGAUGUGUUAUUGAGUCACCAAAUGAAUGUAACUGGAAUAUGUUUUGUGGUGAUGUUUCCUGGUUGGGAGCCUUGCAACUAAUUGGGCACACAGGGCUGUCACUAAGGGCCACGUGGGGGCUGGCUUCUUAAUAUUAAUCAGCUUAAUUAGAGAUUAAUUUCUUCAGAAACUGAGGAUUUUCAAUAGGAGCUGGUGGCCGGCAAAAUUUGCUGGAUAUUUUUUGUGAACUCGCUGCCUACUUUUCUUUGGCAGUUAUACCCCAGUGUAAAAUAUAGAGUAUUCAUGUGCUGUAACUGAAUAAAAAAGCCAGAAUUUAGCGAUGUCUGUGUUCUGUUCAAACACUCUAAUUUUUGCUCUAGAAUGCUGAAAUGCACUCUAAGAGGCCCAAAUGUCAAAAUUUUCCAGAAACUCACAUCUUCAGCGCUUGCAAGUCAUGCCUUAAUUUGGCGGGAGUUUUUUCCUUCUCCACCUAUAGCUACUCCAAAGCUUUUGCCACCUGCUACUUUAAAUCUUAUUGAAAACUGUGGAAACUAAAGGAAAAUGGAACUAAAAGACCUUCUUAGCUAUAUUCAUACAAUUCCCCAAUCAUGAUUAUUAAUUGAAUAAAGAGGGGUACCUGGCAACUGGAAAUCUUAGGGACUAGCCCUGGACAGGCACCCUGUUAUUUUCUAUAACAGACCUGAUGAGUGAAAGGUUAAUUUUAUUUAAAAUUUGCUUUCCUGUGGCAGAUCCAUUGUUUCCACUGAACUUCUUGGUUGAUAGCUGGGUGCCCAGCAUGUUUGACUCAGUCUUCCAGGCAUCUUUCCUCUGUGCACUUCUGCUCUUUUGGUUGUGUGCAUUUCAUGGCAUCAGACAGGUUUGCGACACUAACCCUUCUUUUAGUUAAAUUGAAGUUUAUUGUUGCUGUAGCUGGAAUAAGUUAAUAGUUAUUCAUGUACGUUGAAGCUAUAUAUAUCAUUUUAUUUAUUUAUUUAUUUUAAUUAAUCAUUCCAAUUAAAAAUUGACUGAGGAACCCCUGUAUCUCCACCCGCCUCGAACACAGUAGUUUGUGCUAUUUGCCGGCGGAAAUGACCUCCAUGUACAUGUAUCCUGUAUCACCAGCUUAACCUAACUUAAUUCAGCAUAACGAAAUUCUUGUCUUAAAUAUUCUUUAUUAUAAUAAUUAUUCAUCUAUAUUAUAAUUUGGAGCUCUGGAAAUCGCUGUUACUUAAUUUUAAGUCAUUAUACUUUAUUUUACAGGGUGUCAAUAUUGUUGUUAAUAUUAAAAAUAAAUAUAAUGUAAUAAAGAAUUAAUUAAAUAAUUGGUAUUGAAAAUACUGCUGAUAGUAAUAACGGAUGCCUGGAUCAAAGGCCUAAGGGACUGAUCAUGACUGAUAAUCUUCUAGAUUCUUCUUUCUAUUUGCUGUCUGUAAAUGCUUGGGAAUCAAUGGAAGAAUUUCUUAAUUCAUCAGCAGUUACUUAGAGCUUUAUUCUCCCUUACAUGUUAUUCUGAUUGUGUGUUUAAUAUUGUUCUUGCAGAGUGAAAGGCGACUGAGUUUUUACCUUCCAAAGGUUCUGAUUGUUGGCGUUCUAUGGGUUUCAGCUUUCACUUUGUCAUCUUGGCAACAGUGAGUCUUUGUAUUAGUUGUGUUUCUAACAUUCAGAGUCACAGGGUUCGCAUGCACCUUGAAGUCCUUGAAAGUCCUUUAAUUUUAAAAUAAAAAUCCAAGGCCUUGAAAUUCCUUGAAAAUUGCAGUCGGUGCUGGAAAGUCCUUGAAUUUCACUUCUAACUUUAUCCAACCCAGAUUCUCAAGUGCCUAAAAGCAGCAAACACAGAAAGACCUUCAGGAUAGGAUUGCUCAUGUUGUGGAAGAACUUUAAACGACAUAGACUCAAUAGGCUCUUUUUUGCACUGAGUGGAGUCCUUGGAAAAUAGGAAAUGUGUCCUUGAAAGCCUUUGAAAAGUCCUUGAAUUUUUUGUUCAGAAAAAAGGGUACUAAGCCUGGAGUCAGAUAUGAUAAUAAAGACUGAUUCCCUGAUGCAGUUGGUACUUCUUAUGCAUAAAAUAUAUAGCAGUAUAAUUCCCUUUCUCCUGGCAUCCUUAUUCUCAAAGUCUUUCUCUCAUUAACCAUUUCAUACCUCAUCACCUUCAAAGUUGUUCCCUGGUUGCAGCUGUUGAUUUCUUGGGGAGGUUAAUAUUCACGAAUCUCAACUGGCUGGAGGCAAACCAGCUCGCUGUCUUUAUAAAGGUGGCUGAAGUUGAACUUGGGACUGCAAGAACAAUCCAGCUUAGCAGCAGUUGGUACUGGACUUAAAACUGGGGCUCUUAAUGCUCAAACAUUAAGUUUCCUUCUCAUAAUUAUAUAAUUUGGAGGAUUAAGCUACUUGUGUGUAGCUUUACUCUCUUGAGGAGGCACCAUUCUAGUACAGACAUCUCUGUAGAGCUAGUUUUGAAGGGAUCAUGCUGAAAAAUGACUUGCUUUCCAACAGGUAUAAUGAACUAGAAGAUCCAACCUAUCAGUAUAAGAUUGAUAUUGGCCACUUCAUGGUAAGAACCCUUUAAGAUGCCUAAAAUCAAAAUUGAGUAUACAACCAAUACCUAAAAAGUCAUAUUUUUUUCAAUUGAAUGAGGCAAAUUCUGAAAAAUAGGUAAUACUAAGGGAAAGUUGGAAUCCUGAUUUCUCGAAUGCUCAGUCUUUCCCCCCUCUAUCAGUAAAACAAGGUACUUUUACCUCUUGAGCUGAAAAUUCGAACCAAUUUGCUUUCCCCAUAUCAGGAUUCCACUGCAAAAAGUAGUUAUCAUCAUGCCAUGAGCUGCCUGGUUAGCUCAGCUGGGAGAGCGCCGGUCUGCUGAGGGGGAGGGCGCGGGUUCAAACCCUGGCCACCAGACCAACACUAAGGGUCUUAGUAACUGUGGAGAAAGUGCUGCCUUUGCAAUGACAUCUGCAAACGGUUAGACUUUCUAGUCUUCUCGGAUGAGGAUGAAAAACGUAGGUCCCAUCUCACAGCACUUUCACUUAUCUGGUUCUUGUGGGACAUAAAAGAACAUACACCACUGUUCGAAAUGAGUAGGGGACGUAGACCCCGGUGGUGUGGCCAACCUCUCCUGGGCUGGGUGGGUUAUCUACAAGGACACUUAAAUUGGAGCCUCGACGCUCUGUUGUGUAUUCUGCACCAUAUGGUGGAGGUGAUGAAAUAAAUAAAUUGGAAACUGACGGAAACAAAAAAGUCCUACCUCCCAAACACUGGGUAUGACUCGGGAGGUGUUUAUAUGGAGCUCCAGAUCCUGAAACUCAUGGAGGUCGAGACCAAAAGUCAGAACUGGCAAAACAAGACUGGUCAUCAUGAAAAUGUUUUAACAUUAUUAAAAUUUAUUAUUUUAUUAUUAUUAUUAGUAUUAUUAUUACUUUUAAUUAUUAUUAAAAUAGGCUUUUCCUGAGAGUUUUCGCUUAAGAUCCAACACUGCUGUAAAUGGUAUAUAUUUACUUGAGAAAUAAUAUUAAUUAUACAGAUCUGGCUGAACAUUCCUGAUUCAUAGUGAAAUUCUCUUUUUCUUCAGGGCCUGAAGGUGUUGUUCUUCACGAUUGGUGCAAUUUACUUGGUUUAUCUGGUGUACUUGUUAAUCAGGGCAUACAGUGAACUUAGGGCUAUGCCUUACUUUGGUAAACAUCUUAACUUUUUAUUAUUUUCUCACAGUAACUCCCAAUGAAAAGCUCAAUUCCUUUUUAUAGCUGUAACAACAAAUUCGCUAUUGUAUACAGACCUUUUUUUCCAAUACUGUGAGAUAGAGAUGGCUACAACAUCUAAUUCAUGCAAACGCACAAACAGUGUGUUCCAAUGGUACAGUCAUCAAUGCAUUGAAACUGAUUAGUGUCAAAUUCGAUCUGACUUUGAGUGAAUGCCCUAGUUGCAAAUACCCGCUAAAAACAUAACAAGCGAGAGCAAAAUAUGAGGGGUACUUGCCAUUUACAUGGGAAAACUGGAAAUUCGGGUUUGGAAAAUUUAAUGGUUUGCAAUAUUCUGUUUGGGAAGGUUCAGAAAGUAUGGGCUGUGAUUUGAGGCGAUGCAAUUUUUUUGGUCUUUUGAACUUGUUUGGCAGAUUUGGAUAUACUUUGUAGUGGCUUGUACUACAAAUUUCAUGGUUUUAUGUUUAUGCACAAGGUUUGCACCUGGAAGCACCCCAGGUCACAUGACCUCUAAAGGUGGUGGGGGAAAGGAUACAGGGUAUCCAGUUGUUACAUUAAUGUAAACAGAAUUAUAAAUUAUGCCAUAAAUCCUCUAUAGUCUAAGAGAAGAGGGUGGGAGGUGUAUUUCUGGCAAAUGUGAAAGUGGUAAUGAGUAUUUUACAAUGGUAACCCCAGAAUAACAUAUAAAAUCAAAAGUUUUGGACUUCACCAGAGACAAUCAAUAGACGUUUCGAUUUUGUGGGGACAAUCAUGCCUGAUUUUAAAAAAUGUAAGCUAAUUACAAAGAUUGUUUUUUGUUCUUUCUAGAUUUAUCACAAAAAGUUUUCUUACAUUACAUGUUUGAUAAAAUUUUUGUUAACAGAUGUUCGGCUCAAGUUUCUUACUGGUCUUAUGCUAAUUGUUUUAACAAUAAGGUAAGUAAAGGUUCCAUUCUUUUGCCCCCGUGUAAGGUAAUUGUGAAAAUCUGGUAACGAGGAAAUUUUUGCUUGUGGAAUCCGGAAUCUGGGGCUUUGAAAUUCGGAAAUCAGCUCAAGGUAUUCGGAAUCCCACUUAUGAUUUGAUUUCGGAAUCAAAUAAAGGUCCAUUGACAAAGAAUGUAGAAUCUGGUACUUGGAAUCUGGAAUCUAGAAUCUUCUGCAUGGAAUCCAGGAUCCAAGACUAUCUUGUAUUACUUUACAUGGAGUGAGAUUCUUUUACACCAACAGUAUUAUCGGACUAGCCCAGAGUUCAGACAGGUUAUUUAAAACCUGGAAAGUCAUGGAAUUUAAGAAUUUCAUUUUCCAGGCCUGGAAAGUCAUGGAAUUUGAUUGUCAGUCAUUGAAAGUCAUGGAAAAUUAAAUUAUUUUGGGGGUAGAUAAGUUACUGCAGAUGACAAAGCAAGGACAAUGUAAGAUAAAGAGGAGUGAUUAAACAGCUCAAAUGGCACGCCUUUUUGGGACACCAGAGUUGGUGUCUGUUGAAGUAUUUAAGUUCGAAAAUACCUUAAAACACGGAAGGUUUUGAAAAUUUUUUAAAGUGACGGCUAAACAUAAGGUCAUGGAAAACUUGAAACGGUCAUGGAAAAAGUCCUGGAAAGUCCUGAAAUUUGAAGAGCGUUAAAGAAUACGAACUCUUGUUUAUCCCCUUUGUGACAGCGUAUUAUAGACCAAAAAGCGAGACAUGCAAGAGGAAAAGCAGCCAAUGUAAAAACCACAGACAUGAGCCUUGCUAUGACCUCGUCUUUAUUUAAUGUACUCACCAGGGACCAUAAAUUCUUUAACUUUUGUAUGGUCGUGUUUGGCAACAGUUUGUUUUAUUUUAAUAAUAUUGUUUCAUUUUAAUGAUAAACCUGAAUUCAUGAACAUUUUCAAAUAAAUGCUAUCACAGAUAGAGAUGACUUUUCCCUGUGUUACCAAAUAUCAAGUCAACAAUGUAUCAGUAUUGAGCUGCAUUUUUAUUUGUUUGUUAGCGUUACCAUAAGUUUUGCCUUAUUUAUGGUUGGACUAAUUGAUAAAAACAUACAUGUAACAUCCAUCACGUACUUAACCUUAAUAUUGAGAUCUACUUGCAGUUAAACAAAUUCUUAGUUGAUCAAGCCUUACUCAUUUGUCACUGCCUUUGCUGUUGUUUUUCAGUGUGGUGAUCACCGGCCUUCGAUUUGGAACAGGAGUUUUACAAGACAAUUUUGUUGCUGACCUUGAAACUCACUAUGACAACUAUAUCCUUUAGUAGCUAUGAGCAAUGUCAACGACCCCCCUUCCAGAGUUCACUGCAACUAAUCAAAUUUUCAGAAUCUCAGAAGAAGAUAACCUCUCCCGCAGACGUUCUUUUGGCUCGUCAUGCAAUCCUCCUUAGGAACGUCUGCAUGGGACGCUAAGAAGGAAGAGCUCGAUUUUGAUUUUGAAUUUUCUCAAGGGUCGCAAGAGUCGAAUGGCAUUCGUGCUUGAUGCAUGACGGCAUUCGUGCUUGAUGCAUGAAGUAUUAAUACCUUUUAAUAAGCAUUGACAUCUCGUACGUCAAAAAUGGCAACCGGAAGAUGAUAUUUUCUUUCUUUCAGUGCUCUGACUCGACAAAUUCGUACAGCGGGAGUUAAAACAAAGGUAUUCAGAUUUGUUGUGGUGAGACAGGAGCGUUCCAUCAAGCGAGACAUCGAACUUCCGGUUGCUAUUUUAUGACGUCCGGGGCGUCAGUGUUCCUGUUGCUUAAGCUCGCUGUUCCUAUACGUCUAACCCUGGUUUUUUUUUACAGAUUGCUUUUGUUCGUAUUAAUGUAUAUCUAUCUGAGUGCCCGUAUAAGUUUAUUUUAAGUGUGUUUCCUUGACGCUGUUUACCCGCAGAGUUCCUGA